GUUUCCCUUGGGGACAGUAUCCAAUCCAUUAAAAGGGUCACAUAUCCUUAGCAUCAAAGCUGGGGGCAUAGAGCAAUACCCAGAGCAGCAAAAUGCCAUUUUUUACGAUGUGGCCACUGUGCUUUUUUGUGCUCUUGGGUGCCCUGCAUGUCGGCCGCACUGAGGAGCCAAACACCAACAAUAUAUACGGUAUAGAAAAUAUCCACAUGGUGCAGAACUUCAAUGAUAUUCUCAACCUCAAGGACUUGCAGAGAAGGGCAGUGUUCUACACCAGAGACUGUGAGGAACUGUACCAGCUGGGACACACAAAGAGUGGCCUGUACGUAAUACGGCCGGAAGGAUCACCCAAACUCGUGGUUCAGUGCUACAUGCACGACUGCAACGGUUGGACAGUCAUUCAGAGAAACAGCUUCAACACAGAGAUAACCUGGAGCACCGCCUGGACAACCUACAAAUACGGCUUCGGCGACAUAGAGUCGGACCACUGGCUCGGAAACAAAUACAUCCAACUGCUGGCUACUCAGAAGUGGAACAAGGUCCGGAUCAUCCUGACGGACUCGAAGAACAAGUUGCAGUACGCAGAGUACGACAGCUUCUACCUAAAGGAAGAGAAGGACAAGUACCAGCUGAGAUUAGGGGCCUACAGCGGCACCGCCGGGGACUCCCUGUCCAACGGAACCUUGAAGAACAUGCACGACAACAUGAGGUUCUCGACUCACGAUGACGACAAUGAUCGGAGCCAUAAUACCGAAUGUGCCGACGAAUACGGGGGUGGUUGGUGGUACGACUCCUGCUACGUCGCUCAGCUGAACCGGAAGAACGGAAUCCACUGGCAAACGCUGUGCGACCACAACUGCAAAGCAUCACUCAUUAUAAUCAAACCUGCCCAUAUGUACUGCCACAGGGCAUAGUGCCACGGGGCUUAGUGCCACAGGCCGGCCUCGGCGUUAGGCUUCAUUGGGAUUUCACCUAGAAAACAGACCAACAAAUCCCAAAGGCAGAGCGACAAGGUACAAUUAGAAUGCUUUAUACAUGUUAAAGAUUUAUAUGACACAUUGCAUGAAAUCUAUAUACGUCCUCAUACAAUUUCCAUUCCCCUGCAAUCCUAUCCCUGGGUAAAGCCUGUUCAUAGGAUGAAUACAGUUCAGCCAAUCCAAAUGUUGAUUUUGUCAUUGCCUAAAAGUGCAGAUAUGCACAUGUACGUUCUAGGGAAACAAUAAAUAUUUCUAACAAGCAAA